CCGCUACAAUCGCAUCAUCCUCUACUUGUUGUGCAAUGCUGCGCAUCGGUAGGCUACAGUUGCUGGGCCUCAACAAAUGCGUAAUUUGAUAUUUGCCAUGUAAAAUACGGUACUCUUACUGACCAUAAUUGAACACAUUCAGAGAAACUCGUCAUGUUUGAGCCACAUCCUGAAGAGCAUCUCCAUCUGCGGCUACACAGAGCACGCUCUAUAGUUCUCACAAAUGCAGAGCUAGUCGAGGUCCGCGCAGCACAGCGCACCUUUGAAGGCGCGUACAUGCGUACAGCGCUUGGACAAUUCUCUUUCGCCCUCGUCAUCUUGCGUAUCUUUACGGAAGAAUUUUAUCCGAUAGGAGCGUUAUUUUCGCUUUAUGGUACGGCGAUCCUAUUCAUCGCAGCGUAUCGCCGCUUCGAGGGCCAGCGGCAGUUCUUCUUGGAUGAGGGUACCGACGGUGUCUUGAGACGAAAGUUUCGCACCUCGGGGGAUAGCGUUACAAUGCUCAGUGUCCUCACCUUAUUUGCGUAUGUGGCAUUACUAGUCUUGACAUGGCGACUAAUUACGUGACAAUAUUCGCAGAGGUGCAGGAGGAAGUAGAGAGCAGGUGAGGCGAAUAGACAAAAUGUAAAACUCUAUAAAAGUCUUGUCUCCAUAAUAGUGGUCAUCCAAAUUUAAGGGCCUUCGUCUAAUACCGAAAAAAAUCAAAAUCCUAUAGAUUGCUGUUCUAGUCAUACACUCAUUUGGGAGAGCCGUCUCAAAACAUUGUCUCCCCAGUCUUUAAAAUCCAAAACGAAUCAAAUAGAUAUAAUGCGCACCUUUCCUUUCAUGCCAGACCUGCCAACACCGAUUUAUUUAAGACAUAAUAGAAAAGAAACUCCCGAGAGAAAACGUGGAUGAACGAGACGUCGUCGGCCAUCGCCAACUGCCUCGUUGAUGGGUGUUGAAAGCGGAGAGUUGGCUCUAUCACGAGCAACUUCUCCAGGAUUCAACAAGAAAUGUCUUCGAGACUAACGCAUAGCAGUUCGGAUAUGCACAGUAUAUCAAUUGGGUCCAGUUCCUGAACUUGGAAAUUGCCAGUUAUUGAAAUCAACCGUCGGCUGCUUAGCCAUUUGUGCAUCCCAUGCGCCGGCCGUGGUCGUUGGUACCGCAUCCAUAGGGAAUGAGUUCUGAGGAACCAUAAAAUUCGGUUGAUUCAUUUGGUUCGGGAACACCGCCAUAAAGUGGUUAGAAUCGAAAGCCUGUGUAGUAGCAGGCGACAACAUAUGGCUGCCUUGCUGGUGAUGGCCAAGAAGUUCGCCGCUGUAGGACAUAGAGCGGCUGUUGGGGCCUGUCGCCCAUGCCCAGUCUGGCUGAGAGCUCGACUCGGAAUUUCCUGCAGAAAAGGGACCGACGGUAUUAGGUCCAAAUGUGUACGUAUUAAAACCCUCAGUGGUGGAAGAAUCUUGAGAAAUGGAUGACAUCGAUUGCCAAGUCAUACCAAGCUCGUUGCCUCCCAGCCUGCCAGCAACUUGAGGCGCCGCGAGCCAGUUCAAGGCAUUGGGAUCUGACGGGUCGAUAUUUUGCGUUUCAUUUGUUUCAACAGAUGGU